GAGCGAUUAGUCGUAGAUGCUGCUCUAGCGUUGAAAAGCAAGGGGCAUUUGGUGCGGUUCGUGACGAACCAUCACGACCGAUCGCAUUGUUUUCCGGAAACUCGGGAUGGAACGGUUGGCGUCACCGUGGUUGGUGAAUGGUUCCCGAGAAGUGUUCUAGGUAAAUGCCAGGCAUUGUGUGCUUACCUGAGGAUGAUGUUGGCUGCUUUCUACCUUGUGUGGUUCUCUGGAAUCAAGUGCGACGUGAUUUUUGUGGACCAAAUUUCCGUGUGCAUCCCGAUCCUGCGAAUGGGGACCCGGGCAAAAAUCGUUUUCUACUGUCAUUUUCCGGACCAACUUUUAUCUGCUGGCCGUGAAAACUUGAUCAAGUCUUUGUACAGGGCUCCGUUGGACUUCCUUGAAGAAGUGACGACUGGGAUGGCUCACAAGAUAUUGGUCAAUAGCCAGUUCACGGGUAAAAUACUACCCCAUGACUCUUAUUAUUCUAAUCAGCGAUUGAUCCGGAAAUUCGAUUUCGUUGUAGCGAGGGUUUUUGAGCAAACGUUCAAACGAAUCUCGAAAAAACCGGAGGUGUUGUGUCCGUCGAUUAACACGGACAAGUUUGAUGAA